AUGUCAUCCACAAAAAUAAAAAGCGAUACAGAAUCGAUAUCAGAUUCAGAUAAUAAGAGACCAAAACAUAUACACAAUCCCUCGCCUGCAGAGGUACAACGAAGACAGUUGGAAAGGUUGCUUCAGCGUGGUGACAAACCGAUAGUAAUUCCGGAAAUUCAGGAUAAACCGAAACUAAAGGCCCCGAAAGACAUUGUACGCAAUGUGCAAGGAUCGAGUGCUGGCGCCGGAAGUGGCGAAUUCCACGUUUACCGAGCACAUCGGCGACGGGAAUAUACUAGACUAAAGAUAAUGGAAGAAGACUCGAAGAAGGUAAUUAAUUGA